CCGCUCACUCCAAACUGGCAAAUGAGAGGAGGAAUUAAGAAGGGGAAAGGGUUAUUAGAAUAGAAAGUUUUUAUUUUUGGAGAAAGAGGAGAAGCUGUAGGGUUUAGGUGAAUGAGAAGAAAGGUGCGUUCCUGGACCAAACCUCUGAAUUUUUGCGUUCUUGUCUUCAAGUUGGUUUGUUACUUGCAGGUCAUGGCAUUUGUGGAUACUGUAAUAUCCUCAGCUGGGUUCAACCACUUGCAGGAUGUACAAUCUGAACUUAUCCAGUGGUGGAAACAGGAGGAUUCCUUAGCCCAUUCAUCUCGGGGGCUCUUAGAUGUGCCCCAGCCUGAGGGGGUUCAGCAGAUGAAGCAAGAAUAUGAAGCCUACUGGGAUGUUGACUUCCUCAUGAGAAACUUCUCUGCCUCGGAGCCAGCCACUGCUAGUGCUACUUGGGUUGGCCAAGAGGAACAACCUGCAGUGUCCACUGCCUGCCUGCCAGUAACCACUGAGGAGGGGAUGAGAGGCAGGCUACCCAAAACCAACAGAGGGGUGCCUGAUGCUCCUUGGGCACCAGGGUUUGACACCAAACUCCAACCAGGAGAUAGCUCUGUGAAUUAUGUUCCUCCUGCCCAUCACGGCUACGCCCAGAAUGUGAUGGAUCCAAGUAAGAGCCUAGCAUUGUCCAGUGAUCAUCUGCAGCACUUCCUUGCCCAGGCAGAUUUUGGGGCUUUUGCUCCCACCGUACAACACCAUGGAGAGCCAAAGCAGAGAGUUCAUGGGCAGUACUACCAGCUGACCUAUGUACACCCAGGUCCUUCUUUGCAGAGCAAACAUGGAUCUCACAGUCAGCUUCCACCGGCGCAAUCCCAGCUGCCGCACUGCAGUCUGCUGAGCAGCAGUUUCCCUAACCACCCUGGCCACUACCAAGCCACAUUCCAGCUUUACCAGACAGAUGCAGCUGUGUCUACUACAUCUUCCCUUUACAGCACCCUGACGCCUCCCUUGCCUGCCAAGGAAGCCGCAGACAAGCCUAAGAAAGGACACAAGGCUUCAUCCCGUAAGCAGCCCGCCAGCCACAUCUGCAAUUAUCCCAACUGUGGGAAAACUUACACCAAGAGCUCCCACCUCAAGGCCCAUCUUCGCACUCACACAGGUGAGAAGCCAUACCCAUGCCUGUAUGAAGGGUGUGCUUGGAAAUUUGCCCGCUCUGAUGAGCUGACUCGCCAUUAUCGUAAGCACACUGGGCAACGCCCAUUCAAGUGUCAGGUCUGCCUGCGCACUUUCUCCCGUUCGGAUCACCUCUCCCUCCAUGUGAAGAAACACGUGUAACUGAUGCCCAAACCCUGGACUGCAGUGGACAUUCUGGGUCAACAGGAGGUCUUGAAGAAGAGGGUGGUAGGGGUGGGUCAUUGGGUAACUGCAGGUGUAAGCCUUUCUCUC